GCGAAAACAGGCGAAACGAACAAAAGUGAAGCUACAGAAAGCUAUUUUUUUAUAUACAACAUUUUCCAAUAAAACAACAUGGUAAAAAACGUCUAUAUAAUUGAUAAGACUGGCAGAGGACGUCGUGGACGUGGUGGACGUGGCGGACGAGGAGGACGAGGCGGACGAGGCGGGCGUGGUGGAGAUGGCGGCGACGCUGGACGUGGCGGGGUCAGUGGCCGCGGAGUCGGCGGCCUGAACCGGCAACAACGAUUUUUCUUGGCGUUCCAGGCGGCCAGGAACGUCCCCGUGUCCGCCGGUGAGCGCAAAAACUUGCAAAGGGCCUUUUUGGCCCUACUGCAGCCGCAGGGGCAGGAGCAGCAGCCGCAGGGGCAGGAGCAGCAGCGGCAGGAGCAGGAGCAGCAGCAGCUGCUCAAGGAGGUCUUAAAGGACCUACCUGAAGAGAAACAAAAGGAGAUAGAGGCGGCGGUGUCGGCCUUUAUAUCCGGCAAGAAGCAGCAGGAGCAGCGCCAACUUGAGCAGGAGUCGGAAAUGAGAUUUCCUCAGAAAUAAGAUUUCUAUAAUAAGAUAAAUUUUCUUUUAUCAUUUGGUCAUUGCCAACUAAUGCCCUAUUUGUACUGGCUUUCUUUAUUAUCCUAUUUCUAAAUUCAAAUGCUGUGCUGCCCUUAAUUUCUUGUGAAAGACCCCAAAUAAUUGAGAAGUCUUCAUCAGCUGAGUUUUUGUAAGAAACUGAUUUUAUUCCAUUCAAACCCUAGCUUAUAUAGCUAACAUGAGAAU